AUGGUGAUUCCCGUCGAGAUCGAGCUGCCUAGUGGCCUCAAAAAACUUGAAAUUGGAUACAAUCAGGGCCAAAAUCCUUUCACGGUGGCACAAGAGUUUAUUGAUAAGCACGUUCUAGACCAGGCUUACCUCCGCGAAAUUGCUGAUUAUAUUACACAACGUGCUGGUGAGUAUCGGCCCCCUGUGCUUGGAAAUAGUGAUAGUGUGAACUCUGUCCCUGGUGGCGCUGAGUCACAUGAACCUACUGUAGCUGUUCCUCGAUACAAGUACUUCCCUGUGUCCGGGUAUAAUACUUUUGAAACGACCAGGAUCUCGAAGCUCAUGAGCAUGCUGCGUCAAUUCAACGAAAAAAUGAAGGAUACUCACGACGCAGAUGCUCUUGUCGAUUCUCAACUAAUUGCUCUGGACCAGAUCGUAUACACCGUACAGGACACUGCGUUCUAUCACUCUAGCACGAUUACCCCUCCCGAGAUCGCUGCAUUGAGAAUUGCUUUAGACAAAUGGCCGGCAAAACUAGCUUUUCCGAUCCUGGACCUGCUCAGAAUCGUGCUAGUACACCCACAAGGCCCAAUUGCGGUCGGCGAAUCGGGGCUGGAUACGCUGGUCACGAGAGUCCUCAGUUUGGGAUUAGAGGAAAGCCCCAAUGACGGUGAUGACGCAAUUCCUGUCGCAACUCGGAUGCUAUCGCUGCGCGUUCUUGCAAACAUGUUCCUACAUGAUGCAUCGCGUAAAGCCGUCCUGAAGCAUAAGACCGAGGUGUUGAAAAAGUUGCCGUCAUUUGAGGCUUUCCACCACAAGCUUGUGGCGCUUAGCCUCUCGACCGUUCUGCUCAACUUUGCACGAGCACAAGUAGCAAUGCCUGGGACGCUGUCACGUGAUGACCAGAUCGUAGUGAUCUCAGUAGCCGCAGACCUGCUUAAUGGAUCGUACACUGUCCAAGAGCUCGGUGACGACACAAUGCUGCGAUCGCUCGUAGCCAUUGGCACACUUGCGCUAACUGGUGACUUCAAAGCUAAAGAAGUGGCUAAUAUCCACAUCUCCAUCUUCACUGCAUCAAAAGUUACUCAAGUAACAUCAUUAGUGGUAAAGGAAUGCCUUGCUGAGCUCCAAUUGAUUCUGAGUUGA